GUUCCCUUUGAGUCACCUCCAAGCCAUAUCACGAUUCUUCUUCCCCUUCUCCUUUCUUUUCUUUUCUUUUCCAUUCCAUUUCCCCAGGAUUCCCCUUUCUAACUCUCUAAGUUUCUGAGAUUUUCCCAGUUGGGUUUUCAGAUUUCGAGAUGACGGGUUCUGGUAUGAACUUUAUUACCACUGUUGUCGGGUUUGGAAUGAGUGCCACAUUCAUAGUGUUCAUCUGUACAAGAAUCAUCUGUGGUCGACUUCGUUCAUCUCAAUCCAAUAGCCUCAAUUACGAGAUUGAAUCCAGGGUGGAUCUUGAGCAGCAGCCAGGGUCUCGGGCAAGUGGUCUCGAACAGGUUCUCAUUGCCGCUAUUCCAACUAUGAAGUUCAAUCGAGAGGCUUUCAAUUCUGUAGAAGAUGCUCAGUGUUCAAUCUGUUUGGGUGAGUAUGAAGAGAAGGAAGUACUGAGAAUGAUGCCCAAAUGCGGUCACAGAUUUCAUCGCUCCUGCAUUGAUGUUUGGCUGAGAAAGCAAUCUACAUGCCCAAUUUGCAGGCUGCCAUUGCAAGCCUCUUCUAGAACAAAACCUGCAAGACCAAUGACAGUGAGCAGAGAUCAGUCUUUUGAUGGUUCUGAGAUUUCAACCGAUCAUCAUUCUCAACACUGGCUUCUACCUGGCCCCAACCGUUCGGAGGGCAACACAAGCAACCAGACACAGCUUGAAUCCGUUCCAGUAAACUCCUCAGUUCAAAGAGAGAUAGAAACAAUACGAUGACCAAAUUAGCUUCACUGCUGGGUAGGUAGGAGCAUGAUUACAUCAUUGGAUAUCCCAUACUUCUGUACAGAAGUGUUUCCAUAUUCUUUUGCAUUGGGUAGUGUAGAUUUAGGCCUUCGCAAACAAUGCAAUGAAUUCUCAUCAUGUUGUGGAUAUGUAUCUCUAUAAGUUUUUACCUCAUUCAAACAUAACAUAUCAAAUGAAAGCUUGGCAGAAACUUGCAGCAAUGAACAUUUUUCCUGGAGCUUAAACCAGGAUAUUGAAUGAA